AUGGCGUUGUUUGCACGCUGCGGUCCGCUACCCCUAUGGGGCAGGUCCGUACAGACUAUUGGCCAUCGAUUGCAGUCCACCCAGCUGCAGGAAGACAAAACUAACUUAGGAGUGGAGCGAGAAGAAGAAUUUCGUGUGCUGAAUUUGAAGCAAAUAAAAAACCAGCGUGUCGCGCGCCGAAGAGCUCCCCGACCAGACGUUCCACCGCCACGAACACAACAAAUGGCGACGGAUCAGGAUUGGGGAGCGGUCUGGCCAGGUCCACGAUCAUUCCACCCAUCGUCCGUUCCGCUUCCACUACGACAGGGAUAUGUGACGAAGCGAAAUCAGCUUCCACCCGCCAAGUUCGCAAACGCGGAAUUGAUGAAGAUACCAAAUUUUCUGCAUUUAACCCCACCGGUCAUUAAACGGCAGUGCGAAGCGUUGAAACAGUUCUGCACCCCAUGGCCGAAAGGACUAGAGACGGAGGAGAAGAUGCAGGCACAAUUCCCGCUGGUUUGCGUCACCUCAGAUUACUGUCACGCGUUACCGACUAUACGGAAUCCGCUCUCACGCAUAGUAACCGUUCAGCUUUCCCUCGGCGCACUCCAGCUCGAUCGACAUGCGAGGGAUAAACUGCUGCGGUUGGUGGGAGAACGGUACGAUCCCGAGCAGGACUUGCUUACGAUCGUGACCGAUCGGUGUCCGUUGAAGAAGCAAAACUACGACUACGCGAUCUAUCUGCUGACGGCACUGUACCACGAAUCGAACACCGUCGAACCGUGGGAGGCGACCAAGAGCGAGGCGGACAUGGAGUAUUACGAUUUUGAGCGGAAUCGCAGCAAGAGCAGUGCCGAAGCGACGCUCAACUGGGGGCUUAAGGAAGGCGAGAAUGGUUGGGUCCCGGUACCGGCCGACUACGGGACCGCGGUAUCGCAGUUAUUCAACGAUGGCGAGAACGAGUACAAUCUUGCCAAAUACAAGGAGCAAGUGUUGUCCUUGCUAGGGUUUGGAACGAUGGCAAAGUAGGCUAGUUGAGAGUAGUAAUUCACAAAGUCGUAAGAA